AUAGUUCCGCUCCGUUGUCUACUAGCGUCACUUAUUUUCAAGAAAAGUUUUUAGACGGAAACCUUUGAUUGUGUUAAGAAAUUUUAAGCCCGAAAAGUGUUAAUCGAGUUCAAAUUUAUGAUAAUUUUCAUAUUUUUUUUUGAUUUUCAAGAAUACCAUAAGAAAUAUAUAACAAUUCCAUUACCAGAUGGCGAUUGAAACGAACAAACUUUUGCUGUCCACACAGCAGGAAAAACCUAAUCAUUAUACAUAUUUAAAGGAAUUUCGUGUGGAACAAUGCCAGUCCUUUUUGCAACAUAAAUGCAACCAGCACCGACCCUUUGUUUGCUUCAAUUGGCAUUUCCAAAAUCAAAGGCGCCGACGACCGAUAAGAAAGCGAGAUGGUACCUUUAACUAUAGUGCCGAUAAUUAUUGCACAAAAUAUGAUGAAACAACAGGCAUUUGCCCAGAUGGUGACGACUGUCCAUUUUUACAUCGCACAGCGGGCGACACAGAACGGCGUUAUCAUUUGCGUUAUUAUAAAACUUGCAUGUGUGUCCAUGACACCGAUAGUCGUGGUUAUUGCGUUAAAAACGGUCAUCAUUGUGCAUUUGCUCACGGGGCACAGGAUCAACGGCCACCGGUAUAUGAUAUAAAGGAGCUUGAAGCUCUACAAAAUGCAGAGUUAACAUUGGAUGGUGCCAAUGCCCAAAAUGCCCUGGACAAGGAACGUAAUCUUAUGAAUGAGGAUCCUAAAUGGCAGGAUACCAAUUAUGUGUUGGCCAAUUAUAAAACAGAGCCCUGCAAAAGGCCACCACGUUUAUGUCGUCAGGGCUAUGCAUGUCCACAGUAUCAUAAUAGCAAGGAUAAACGUCGUAGUCCACGCAAAGUCAAAUAUAGAUCCACACCAUGUCCGAAUGUUAAGCAUGGCGAAGAAUGGGGUGAGCCCAGCAAUUGCGAGGCUGGAGACAAUUGCCAGUAUUGUCACACUCGCACCGAACAACAAUUUCAUCCGGAAAUUUACAAGUCAACAAAAUGCAACGAUGUCCAGCAGGCUGGCUAUUGUCCUCGCAGUGUUUUUUGUGCAUUUGCACACGUAGAACCCUACAUUGUCACUGAGGAGAAGUCCCGCGAUAUAGAUGCAAUUACCACAAAUUUAGCUUUAAGUGAUUUAAUAUCAAAUGCUUUGCCCGAUAUCAAACCUAAGGAUGCAACAAACAACAAAACAGGAUUAAUGACAAUUGGCGAAAAUUUAUUGAAUAUUGAUGGUAAUGAUUCAGCCAAUAAUAUGUUGGUAAAUGCUUUGGAAAAAUCCGCUAAUCAGAGCAAAUAUUUAAACUUCUCAUUGCCAAUGGACAGAAUUUCAGCCUGUUCCAUUGAUGAGCAACGAGACAACUCUUUGUCUGCAAGUUUGGCCAAUAGCAGUCUGAUUACUAGAUCUUCGGCACCCAUUAACAUUCCAAAUUCGGCACUUAGUAAUUCAAUAAAUGAUUUCAAUUCGAGCGGUUUUGCUGUCAAUAUUCCCUACAGUCCAACCACUCACACUGCUAACAAUCUGUUUAAUGUCCAGGAUGCUUUUAAUUAUGGCGGCGGUUCCAGUACAAAUAAGCUAAGCAAUUCCUUAAGUGCUGCCAAUCAAAAUGAUUGCAGCAACAAUAUCUUCUUUUCCUCACACCUUAUAUCGCCCGGUUUUAAUGAUGGACUCUCGAUUAGCCCUUCAUUGAGAUUAUCGGAAUUGAAUACAAUGCCGGAUGAUUUGAAUAGUAGUUCGUUGGGCAAUAGUUUAACCACAAAUAAAAAUGCAUUUUCCUUGCAAUCGCUACAUAAUAAUGGUGAAGUAGGACGUGUGACAUUUGAAUUGAUGGCAAUCAAAUCACAAGCAUUGAAAUUAUCCAGUCGUGUUGAGGACCUACAACACAAGGAAAAUUUUAUUUUCUUACAGUUGGCAGUUACUCAGAAGGAGGCUUUGGAUUGGAAAGAGCGCUACGAUACAGCACAAAUACAGUUGAAUUUAUCAUCAGAAUUGAGAAAUUUGUCAAUACAAAAAUUAAAGCAAUUACAGUCCAAAUUGCGCACCGAUCUAGAGGAAGUCGAAAAGGUAUUAUAUUUGGAGAACGCCCGAAAAUGUAUGAAAUGUGAAGAGAAUAAUCGUACCGUAACAUUGGAGCCAUGUAAUCAUUUUAUUCUAUGUGACAUUUGUGCCACCUCGGUGACGGAGUGUCCAUAUUGCCAAGUUCCAGUAGUAACCACUCAUACCUAAAAGUAAGAAACCAGUGUGUACGUAUGUGUUUUUCUUUUUUUCUGUAAUUCUAAAAAGUAGCGGUGAUAAUAGUUAGACGACCAUGGAUAUAGGCAUGAUAAUAAAACAAAAACAAACAUACCGCUUUAUAAAAAAAAAACAAAAAUUGCGGCUGGUUACCGACAAAAAACAUCAUUUAUUAGGUACUCAAAUUUAAAUAACAAAAACAAAACGUGAAAAAAAUAUAAACAACAAAACAUGAUUUUUUUAUUUAGAAUUUUAUUUAUAUAACGGAAUGUUAAAUAAACUGGUAUUACAUUUAUAUAUAAACUUGCUAUAUAUGUGACUUGUAGGAAUUCUAUUUUUUACUAAAUGUUUUUAUUUUCAUUUUUAUCGAAUAAUAUUUUUUUAAUAUAUAUUAUAACAGUGAUAUAUAGGAUACAAACAACAAAUAUAACAACAAUAAAGUACUUUUGUAUUUUUUUAGUAUUUAUCAAAUUUAUGCAGCAAGAUGAUAAAAACAUCACUUGAUUUACACUGUGCUUUAAUGGCAAAUCAAAUAACUUUUAAUAACCAUUUUUUUUUGACGUAUUGAGAUUGUAAUAUCCCCAUUUGGAUUUGUGGUGGUUCAGAUCCUUUUAUGGAUUUUAUGGUAUUAUCUAAAUGCAUUUAAAUUUUCUUUCUUCAAAACCAAAGAACCAAUUUUGUAGCUCCCUAGGAAGAUUAAAAUAAGUGUGCAUAUCUGCAACACUUUAAUAUUUUAACUUGGAAUAAUUCUAAUAUUUGCGUGUGCAACACUUUAAUAUUUCAGUUUGGAAUAUUUCUAAUAUUUGAGAGCCUGACGAUAUAAAAGGACUUUAAGAGAGAAACACUAUUUCCAUAAAUAUUUCCCUUAAGGAAAAUUCUCUCUAUUCGGUAUCGAAAGCAUUUAUAUCGAAAUGUAGUAUUUACUCCAUGAUAUGGGAGUUUUUCUUUCGUAACAUUUCUGAUGCACUCAUAUUAGUUAUAGCUUCAAUGCUUGUUAGAAACUUUAAAACCCUACAGGAAUUCUCAAAAACAUUUCACAUAUACUGGAACAUUUUAAAUGAUGUUUAAAAAGAAUUAAAGAUUUUUGCCAAGUACUAAUGAAGCCAUAGAAUUCGACGGAAUGUGGGUCCACCAAACCAAAUGGGGUUUAAUGCUCAAAUGCAAAUGGUUUGCUGCACUCUAUGUCCUUAAAAUGUUUAACAGUGUUACCAGAAUU